ACAAGAACAAUCGUCGUUGGGAGGCACGGCUUACAUCUACAGAUGUCAGGAUGACUUGAGUCGAACUCAUUUGCUGACUGUACCGGUCUCCAGCCGGCGAGUCACCUGUGCUAUCGCUGCAGCUCGAUGAUCGAUUCUGUCUUACAGCAUGCUCUGCACAAUGGACACAAUCUCACGUACCUCAUUGGUCUCGGAUUCGGAUUCGAAGUUCUAGAUUGCUUAAAAACCAGAUAAAGAGCUGACGAGGCGCUCGUCAGCAUCCCACCGCAACACUGGAUGUAGAGUCUCCUUGCUAGAUACAUUAGUUCCUUGCUCGCACACUUGAUCUGUUCCUUGUUUUUCUAGUCCGGCUUCCAUUUUCAAUUAUGUUCAAGCAUCAGGACGAGUCCACUUUUGCAUUUCUCAGGCUUCCCCGCGAACUUCGGGAUGAGAUAUACCAACUUUUGAUCGAGAAACACGCCACGGUGCGUGUAACGGCUGCGACAUUCGAUCAUCGAAUCCAUAUCAGUGUGCUCCAAAUCAGCCGACAGAUACGGGACGAGGCUCUUGAUUUUUUCUUCGCUCAUGCUACUGUGCACCAGCGUAUCCCGGAAAGGUUCUUGGGCCCAAACGCUGUUCCAUCAUCGAUGAUGGCUCGUGUUAGACGCCUACGUCUGGAUCUCCCUGCCACUAUGAUCUAUGGUCAGAAUCUCUUUGGAUGGUUCUCUAGCAGUGCUCACGUGCCUUGCGACUGGCUAUCGACCCUUGACAGUAUAAGAAAACAUCUGUCAGCCUAUCCGAAUCUGAUAAGCGCCACUGUGGAAGCAAGCUUCAUCAUAUCGAUGCGUAGACUGGAAAAUGAGGCUGAACUGACUGUCGCUUGGAAAACUCAUCCAUUAAACAAAGACCCGGUCUUGAAGCAAUUCAUUAUACAGAUUUCCGAUCUUGGUCAAGGAGCGAGUACCGCCUGGAAGUACUCUGCCUGUACAGGAUACGGGUGCCGCUACCCUAGUAUUAUGGUUUUGUCGCGAGGUCCUACUGAUGAGAUGAGUAGCGCCACACAGGAGGAUUAUCAAAUUUGAGGCAACGACGACGAUAUCAUAUUCCUACCUACUAUCACAACCUCUCUAUCCUCUACCAGCUACUGCUAG